AUGACGACAAUCAAAGUCGCAAUAGUCGGGGCGGCGGGAGAAACAGGCAUGUCAAUUGUGAAAGCUCUGCUGCCCUCCACGACACCCAAAUUCGAAAUUACCAGCCUGACCCGACCAGCCUCAGUCAACAAGCCGAUCAACGUCGAACUCAAGAACAAAGGCGUCCAAAUUGUUCCUGUAUCCCUCACGGGUCCUCAAGACGAAGUGGUCAAGGCCCUUGCUGGCAUCGACGUUGUCAUAUCCACGAUCAACCCGGCCGCCCUCAACGAACAGAUCCAUCUUGCUGAUGCCGCAAAACUUGCCGGUGUUAAGCGAUUUAUCCCUUCAAAUUGGGCCCCGGUUACCCCGCCGGAAGGGGUCAUGUUGGCCCGCGAACAGAAAGAGAGGAUCAUCAACCACGUGCUAAAGAUCCGCCUCGGGUACACGAUCAUCGACGUCGGACUGUGGUAUCAAGUUGCGGUCCCGCCAGUGCCAUCCGGCCGCCUGGACUAUUGUGCGGCCAAAGCAUUGAAACCUCUGUGGGCCCUCGGCGGAGAUGGAAACGUUGCCAGUGCGCUCACCUACCUAGAUGAUAUCGGUCGAUAUGUCGCGCACAUCAUUGCGGAUCCGCGCACACUCAAUAAGAAGGUCUUUGCAUAUAACGAGACCUUAACAAGGAACCAGAUAUACGAUCUUCUCGAGCGCCUCAGCGGGGAAAGCCUGGAAAGAAACUACGUGUCGGAAGAAGAGGCGAACAAGAAUAUCGAACAAGCCAAGAAGGCCUGGCAGAAGAAUCCAGAGGAGAUCAACGCCUAUUUUGCUCUUGCUAUGGCACAGUACUUUAUGUCUGUUUGUAUCCGAGGCGACAAUACCCCGGAGUGCGCCCAAUAUCUUGGAUAUCUAGACUGCAAAGACCUCUAUCCGGAUUUUGAGUUCUAUCCAUUCGAACAAUAUCUCCGAGAUGCAUUGGAUGGGAAGGCAAAGCCGGUUCUGAUGGAUUACUAG